AUUUCUGUGAUGAAAAUUGCUCUAAUUAAUGGAAAAUUAUAAACGUGAUCUUUUUUUUAAGCAGACAAAUUAAGAUUGGAAUUACAAUAAUUAUAUCAAUUCCUUAAAAAUUACGAAGUACAUAUCCUUGUAUAUUGUAAACAGAUGAUGGCUUUUAUGCUUUGAUGUCUUACUAUCAUCUUGAUGAUGGAUCUUCUGAAGAUGAAAUUUCUUGUGAUUUUCAAUAAUUUUUAAAUAUUAAUUAUUAACAAGUUGACCACAUGAUUGAAGCACUUUUAUUUACAUUAUUAUUUUUCAAUUUUUGAAAGGCUUUCUCUUGAGACAGUUACAAAUCGAUGCAACCCUAGUCUGUAUUAUUUCAACUUAUUUUAAUCCAAAUUCAUUACCUUGUUUUCGUUAACAUUAAGAAUGUUUAUUUUACUCUAAAAAACCAAUCAAUCAUGAAAUCAACUCGAACGUAUUCUCAUCUAAUUAGAAAACUUCAAACAUUCAGUUUCUCAUUAAAUUGCAUUGAGAGUAUCUUAAAUAAUACUUGCAGAAAUUGAAACUGAUUGAAACAAUUUUCAACAGCUAUUCAAUCUUCCCUUUUUAGAUUCACAAGAAAAUUGAUAAAACCUUUAAACGGCUGAUGAGAUAAAGAUUGAAGAUUCCAAUUUUACACUCAAUUUAUCCUUGAAAAUUUUGAAAAGCAUUAAAUUAAAUGAUUAUCGAAGCGCAUAAUACAUGUUCAAUUAAAAAAAGGAUGAAAAAAACCAUUGAUCAAAGCUCUUGAUUAAUUUGUAAAUUUUUAAACCUUCCCUUAUUAUGUCUCACAGCAAACCAAAUUUAAAUUUUUCACUCAAGUCUAUUUUGUUGUUGUUUUUUUGUUUUUAUUUUGGUUAUUUAUUAAGUUGAUCCAGUAUUACAUUUUAAUUCUUAUGGGGUCAUUUAUUUGAUUGAAUCAAUCGCCAUCCUGAUGACUUUUCCACUGGAAUAAUAUUCAUAUAAGCCUUGAUCAUUAAUUUUUCAUUAGCUAAUUUUUUUUGUAUAAAUAAUAUUUCUUAGUUAACCAUUUUGGCUAGUUGGUUGUUUUUUCUCCACCAUAUUCUGGAAAUUAUCCAAUUUGAGCAUCAUUCAUCUUUUUGGUACCAUGACUGAAGUACACAAUGAUCAUACAACUGAUGUGUGUUCACCACUUUUUGUUGAAUACCGUUUGAUGAAAGAAUUUGUUUUGUUUCAACAACAAACAAUUCAAAAUGUUUAUCUAAUACCAUCAUACGAAUCUCCUUUCAAAUGGUUUGGUGUACUGUUUGUCCACGAAGGGCUAUAUCAAGGAGCUGUUCUUCGAUUUACAUUCCAUAUCCCAGUCAAUUAUCCUGAAUGUGACAACCCUUAUCCGUCUAUAUUUUUUGAUAAUGCACCGUUUCAUCCAUUGGUCGACCCAGAGUCAGGUAAAUUAGACAGUACUAAGCUAAUUAGUGAAUGGAAUCCACGAGUUCAUCAAUUUUGGCAGCUCAUAGUUUACACAAAGAAAGCAUUCAUUUUUGUCGAACGAGAAUUAAACUAUGAUGUUAAUGAAAACUCGGAAAAGCCUGAAGACGUGCACUACCUCAAGGUAGUGAACAUGUAUCGAGAUAACCAGGAGUUACUUGUUAACAAAAUUGCUCAAACCGUUGAAACUAGUAAAACUUUAAUCUAUCAACCACCCAAAGACAAAGAUGACCCUCAUGCCAUCAUAUUUACCGAAGUUGACCCUGCUACUCUAGAAAGCUGGAAAAAUCGCUUAUUAAGUCUGGCGCACUUUAAAGAAGACCCAUCAACUAAAUCAACACCAUCUCCCUCGCCAUCAUCUCUAGAUAAUAAUAAUCGAUCUAACAUGGGCCUUUCUUGGGUUCAAAAUGAUAUACCAUUUUCACGUCCAAUCGUAUGAUGAUGAACGCCCAUUUUUUAACAACUGCAAUCGUACACAUUAUCAAUCCCUCAUCAAGCUUUCAAGUGUUACAGUCACUAAAAUUGCCAAAAGUUACCAGUCCGGUCUUAAUACCGACCGAAUCCACCAAUUUACAAGAUCUUGUUCAUUAUUUCAAUCAUCUGCCAAAUUUAAAAUUGUCAAAAUCUCGAUCGUACAAAAUCUCAAAUGUAACUUGACCCAAUAAGCCAAAUAUUUCAUUAUCAGAUUGUUUUGGUUUUUUCAAUAUAUUAUUGACCAUGUUUUGAAUAGUAAACCGAGCUAGUCCAACCCCUUUUUUCUUGGCCAAUUAAUAAAAAAUACAUCUCUAUCUAUUUUGAUUUAAAGACAAA